UUCGAUAGGAGUUUAGGCUGUUUUACAUGCACACAGAGAGACAGACAGAGCAGAAAGAUACGUUUGUAAGUGAGAGACUGAGACAAAACUGUAACACACAUCGACCAAUCAAUCAAACACACACACACACACACACACUGACAGGUCUGACAGAUUUUUAAACAGGAGUUCACACACACUCAGACAGACCGAUAUCUUGUGUGUGUGUGUGUGUGUGUGUGUGAGAGAGAGAGAGAGAGGUCAUGACACAUUAUUGUAGUCUGUUCCGUCGACUGCUGUCUCACGACAGUAAAGGAGAGGAUGAGGAUGAAGCCGAAGGACCGAUGAAGACCGUCAGCACUGAACCUGAGCCUCAGUUAAAGGGAAUUGUGACCAGGCUCCUCAGUGAGCAGGGCUUCUUCCUGCAGAUGCAGCCUGAUGGAACCGUCAAUGGGAGCAAAGAUGAAAACAGCGACUACACUCUCUUUAAUCUGAUUCCGGUGGGUUUGAGAGUCGUGGCGAUACAGGGCGUGAAAGCGGGACUUUACGUGGCCAUGAACGGAGAGGGUUUCCUGUACUCAUCGGACAUGUUCACAGCGGAGUGUAAGUUUAAGGAGAGUGUGUUUGAGAAUUAUUAUGUGAUCUACUCGUCCACGCUGUACCGUCAGCACGAGAGCGGACGCGCCUGGUUCCUUGGACUCAAUAAAGAAGGAAUAAUUAUGAAGGGGAACCGGGUCAAGAAAACAAAACCGUGUUCACACUUUGUGCCCAAACCUAUUGAAGUGUGUAUGUAUAAGGAGCCGUCGCUGCAUGACAUUGACGAGAAGCAGCGAUCGAGGAAAAACUCAGGAACUCCAACUAUGGGCAUCAGAAAAGAGCUGAACCAGGACUCUACUGAUCAUGAAGGAUCAUAGCCACACACACAAACACACACACACACACACACAUACACACACACACACACACACACACUGACCUGUAAAUGAACACACAUGCACACACUCACUCACACACACACACACACACACACAGUGACCCCUGGAGCUGAAUGCUUUCUUACACCCAAACAAACAACAGCAACUUCAGCAUCAACAAACAUCCAUUCAAAUAAAAUAAAAGAAGUAACAUGAAAAAAAGCUGAAUUCUUGCCUGUGAAAACAUUUUAGGAAUAUUUGAAAAUCAGGACAUGAUUUUACAUUUUAUGCAAAGUCUGGCAAGAGUUUGUUCACGGCACGUUGUCGUGGAGACGCGUGAGGGUGUUUCUGUUGGGAGUCCGAGCUUUAAGCCAUGUUCGAUAUUCAUGCAUUGAUUUAUGAAUGCCAAAAGCACUUUCACUCACUGAAAUAUUGUGCACCUCAUGAAUAUUGAAUGUUCUCAUUGAUUGUGUCCUCCAAUCAUUUC